UUUGGGCAUUUGGGGGCCGAACGAUGUGACUUGCGUCUGCCGCAAAUCCAGUUUGGCAUUUGCUUGAUUCGUACAGCCAAGUAUUGGAUACGCCUUUAUGCUGUGAACUUGGGAUACAGUGUCGAUCUGACUGAUUAUCUGUCGUAAAGCAGUACGAUGACGGAAUAUAAACUUGUUGUUGUUGGAGCUGGAGGUGUUGGUAAAAGUGCCCUUACCAUUCAGCUUAUUCAGAACCACUUUGUUGAUGAAUAUGACCCAACUAUAGAGGACUCUUAUCGCAAGCAAGUUGUGAUCGAUGGAGAAACAUGCCUCUUGGAUAUAUUAGACACUGCAGGACAGGAAGAGUACAGUGCUAUGAGGGAUCAAUACAUGCGCACUGGUGAAGGAUUCUUAUUGGUAUUUGCUGUUAACAAUGCCAAAUCCUUUGAAGACAUCAGCAUGUACCGUGAGCAAAUUAAAAGAGUCAAGGAUGCAGAGGAGGUGCCUAUGGUUUUGGUUGGAAACAAAUGUGAUUUGCCUGCAAGAGCAGUAGAAAUGAACCAAGCUCAAGAAGUAGCUAAACAAUACGGCAUACCAUUUGUUGAUACAUCGGCUAAAACAAGGCAGGGUGUGGAUGACGCCUUCUACACUUUGGUCAGAGAAAUCAGGAAAGAUAAAGAGCAUCGUGGGAAACCCAAACAAAAGAAAAGUUUAAUAAGCAUCAAUCUGAACAGGAGGAAACACUGUACUUUGUUGUGAAUUUUCCGCUUUUAUUUUGUCACUGCCAUCUCUUAUCUAGCAGCUCUUUUUCAGAUACGUGUGUGGCAAAAUAUUUGGUACUUUCAACUUCUCUUGUUCCCCCUUCCCUCUUUAGCCAAGUUAAGUUUUUUUUGUGGAAUCGUUACCUGGAAGAUAUAAAUUUUACUGAAUUUUGAUGUGCAAAGGAGCGAAAGAGCCCAUUGAAAAGUAGCACCUGCUCUGUUUGAAUGCUUUUUUUUACUUGGAGGUAUACUUACUUAGGUGCCCUUGAUUUUUUUCUUCUUCAUUAGGAUAAUAAUGUUUCAGUGGAUGGGAUGGAAAUGGCUGCAUUAUAUUGACCCCCUCCCCCCUCCCCUCUCUUUGUAGUGCUCAUUAAGGGCUUUUAAAGCUAUCUUGAAAGGCGUCAUCUCAAUCUGCUGGAAUGUUUGUUAUUAUUCCUGAUCACUCAUUUUGACCAGUGGGGCAAGUUGUAAACUGUGGUUUGCGGACAUGGUGUGUAGAUUAUGUGCAUUUCUGGUCUGCUUGAUGCGGCUUGAUGAGUUGACUGAAUUCUCCAGCAAGGUGGUGAUUGUUAUUCCAUUAAGUAAAUGAUUCAGAUUUGACAUGUUUGUGUGGAAUGCAAGUUGCCACUGUUUUUAGCAUUUUUAAUUCAAGUGGAAUUUUCCUGCCAUGUGACUUGACUUUACUUUUUGUUUUGUGGGUAUAGUCUGCAUUAUUAGGUAAUAGUGAGAAAAGUUGGCAUACAUUGCCAAAUUACCAUGUGUUACUGUUUGGAGUAUUAUAUUUUUACUAAUUAUAUAUUCCUUUUAAGUGGACUGAAAAUCUGUAGAAAACUGUAAUCCCCACAUGUAUCUCUGACUGACUAGUUGAAGCAUAGGGAAAGCUUCUAGAAGUAGGCUCACAUCCUUUGCCACAACCUUUCAACUUUAAGAGGUACUUGCUCAGAAAAAUCUCUUUGAGUUAUCUUACAAUAUUCAAAUACUGAUAGUUAUCGAUUGGAGGGUAUUCCUCAUGUUCUUUCUAGUCAGCUAUUGAUGCUGAUCUCAGCAUCACUUUAAUGAAGCUUCAAAUCAUUUUCUUUCAAAAUGUGGAUUUCACGUUGUUUUAGUAGACUCUUACAUAUUUGUAAAUUUUCUAACAGCAAUGUUUCUUUGUUUAGCCACCUUCCUUUGUUUAUCUGCAGUGACCACUUCUCUAUGUCAACUUUCAGAGGCCAACUAGUUAACAAGGAUUCAGGUUGUGAAUCAUAUUGAAACCUUCCAUUUUCAUUCUGAAUGGUCUUGGUAAAUUUUAUCGAGUAUAUUUACAAUCUUGUAUCUUCACUUGGUUUGUGAGGAAUAUCCUUCAAUUAUUACUUUUCAUGACAGACAUUUUGUCUCACUGUUGUAAUUUUUUUUUGUGGUAGAAAAAAUCUUUUUGUAUUGCUGUCAGGGUCAGGGUAAUAUCUCUUGUUCUUAGUAUGUGCCGUGUUUUUAACUAUUCAUCCUUGAAAAUUUUUAUUUUUGAAGAAAAUUUAUUCUUUUUAAUAAACAUUUGCAUGUGUUCAACCAAUAAUGCUACUUGUUCAUUUCCCUCCAGUCAGAUUGUAUUAAAAGACAAUAUAUAAUGGGUGCUUUGUGAUUCCAGCUUAACUACUUACUGUAUUUUAAUAUAAAACUGUUUGUUUGCAUUUCUCAUUGUGAUACGGUUACACCCGGCCCUAUCAUAUUGUGGAUUAAAUGUACACCUUUUGACUCAGUGUAUAUGAUUUUCCUCCAAUUUAUUUCUUUUUAUGUUUGUGCCUCUGCUCCAUUGUUUAAAUGUGAGGCAAAAUAUUUUAUGAAUUAACUUGUCUUUGAUAUGACUUUGUUGACUGCCCUGAGAUUUGCUGAGUAAAUUCUUGUGCAUCUAUUUUCUUUCAAUAUUUUUGUUUCUUUUUCUUUCUUUUUUAAAUUUAGUAUUAUAAGGAUGAAGUGUUGUGAUCAGUUCAUUUGUUGUGCUAGCAAUAAUCAUCUGUGUGUUAGUGAGUGUAUGUAUGUAUGCAUGUGUCUGGCUGUUCAUUUGUGUGAAUGUUCAUUUUUUCCUUAUGAAAACCAGAAGCUGUGUGUUCGUCGAAGCUUUAUCCUCCAAGGUGUUAUAUUUCUUGCAACAUAAGUUUUUGUGUUUUUAUUUCUAAAGUUCUUCAACUACGAAAGGAAACAUUGAUGAAACAUACUCUUCUUUUGCUUUGUUCUUUUUGCCUACAACGAUAUGUUGUUUGUGACAUACCUCAAUGAGAGUAAUUUGAGGCUGUUCACAAACUCCUUCAGGUCUGUUUUCACAAUAUGACGUGUCCAAUCAUCACUACAAUAGUAUACUUUUAAAAAAAAAUUUCGGUAGUUGGCUGGCAAUAGUAUUGGUGUUUCAAAAUUUUCAUAAAUUCUGCAGAGUAUGUUUCGGACCUUUUUUAAAAAUCUUAUAUUGCUAUUCUGUAAAUGUUGGUUUUGUUUUGAUUUGAAAGCAGAAAUUUGUUCCUUGAGUGGUGAGCAUUCGAGAAUGAGGUGUGACCUUUUCUGUAUAAAAUAUCCUUUCUUAUAAAUGAGUCUGAACAAUUA